AUGUCAGAACGUCAGUCCGUUCUCUCCGUUGGUUCACACCCGAACCUGGCGUUCUAUAAUUGGCGUUUGUUCAAAUCUACUAUAUGCGACCUGACUAUUGUAAGCAGUGAUGGGCCUACUGUUCAAUGGUACUCCAAGAAAUUUGGCAAUUCCAGGUUUACUUCUUCCUCGAAGUUCACGUCCUUGGAUCAGGUAUUUAAUUCUGGUGUUAAACUAUACGAUAUGGUGAUCGUGUCUGCUUCCUCCCUGGAUGAACUAUCGUCAAUUUGUACUGAUUUACGUGAUUUUGCCAAGAGACAAAUCCAGAGCACGGGAAAGGCUUUUAACCUGUUAGUAGAAUCAACAAACUACGUUAAUUUGGAACCUUUCAUCAAGUUGACUUUGCAAGAGCCAGAAGUGAAAAUUUUCUCUAUUAUGAGUGAUUUUGAUAUCAGAUCUGUCAAGAAAAAUACGUAUAAGGUCUGUGAUUCAAAGAAAGAAAGCGAACUUGUUUACGUUGGUAAAUCUGAUGAGUCGAAGCGAGAGUACGAGGCAGACGAAGUCGUUCAGAUCAACAAAAUAUCUGAUUUGUAUGAAUCGUGUGAAAUUGACGUGUACAAGUUGGGCACUCCUUUGGAAUUUCUUUCGUAUCAGUGGAAGUUUGCUUUGCCCAAAAUCUCUAUUGAACCUCUAUCUAUCAUUUUUGAACAACCUUUUCCCAAGGAUUUACACGGACAAAUGCUAGCCAAACCAUUAAUAAGUGGGCUGAUCAUGGAAGUUAUCACAGUAAUUAAAGCUAUGGGAUGUAAGCUGUUCAAAUCUUACGAUAAUGAGGAUUCUCUCAUUGAGAGGUUGUGCCAAUUAUAUCCAAGUGUUCCACUAACUGAUGAUCUCAUGGAAGCACCGAAGCUAUUUUAUGAUUUCUACCAUCAAAAUGAACUGUCUCUAGAUCUUCUAUUAUUACAGCCAAUCCUUCUGGCCGAUGACAACAAAAUCAGAACUCCAUAUUUGGAAUUUCUUUAUGCCAUAAUGUCACAAUUUUCCUCGAUCAAUACCAAUUCCACCGAAAAAUCAAUGUUGUGGCUUCGUAAGAAUCCUGAAAACUUGAACUCUUUAAGAGCUCAACACGAGGAAGUCUUGCGUCUACGAACUCAAUUGAAAGAAGCCGAGUCUGCACCUUCCAAGCAUCCUGCUGAAGCGCAAACAAAUGGCCGUGACUAUAAACAAUUUCAGCAACCUCAUCCAGUAGCUCAAAAUGCGCCAAUUCAGCCUCCAUCAGCUGACGUCGGUCCUGAAGAAGAGCUUGAAGAACUGGCAGGUGUUGUUGGAGCCUUUGGCGAUUCUCCGGACAUUCAAAGGCAAGCCAACUUCUACCAACAAAGGCCACCAGUUGGACCUUCACGCCUUACACAUCCACCUCCAUCAUCACAAGUUGGAAGGGCUAAUAGUUUUGUCAGUCAAAUGGGACCAAACCAUUCCAUGACUCAGCUGCCACCCCAAAACGGUCCUUAUGGCAGUAUCCCUACCAAUAGGUCCCUUGGUAAUUUACACGGACAUUAUCAAUCGCAUGGUUACGUGGAGAAUCAAUAUGAUCAGUAUGGAAAUGUGAUCAAAAAGCCUAGAGGCCAGUAUCCAAACAACUCACACCAAUUACCACCCCAUGCACUACCUCCUCAAGGCUUUCCAAAUCAACGAUUCCCGAUUGGUGCAGCUCCUCAAGGGUACGGUGCACCGCCAUUACAACAGAGCUUUGGAGGACCAACUCCUCCUGGAGUCCAGUACCCAAAGCCACCCGUACAGCGGAGAGUAUCAUCUGUACCUCAGAUGGACUAUGCCCCAUCUGAAGCAGCACUUGGCAGCGACAUGGCUCGUUUUCCUCAAAAAACUAACCGUAAAAACAGGCAAUCCACAUUACCCAACCUUGGUUCUGCCAGUGCUGUUGGAUACAAUGGGAAUGAUUUCAACAUGAUGCCACGUCAAAAGGGACACGCACUGAAUGCAAAGGCCAGUCAGAGCACACUCAGACAACCGCAGCCAGUGAGUGUUGCUCCACCUGUGAAUCAUCUCUCGCACCGAUUGUCCGUCAUGGGUAUGCCGGACCAGAACCAUUCAAAUUCAGCGACUCCCCAAUCAAGGCUGCAGCCUCCUAACCGACAAGGAACUAAUAGUCAGAGUCAUAGUUCGAAUAGCCAGGGGACUGUUACGCCUGACAGGGACGAUCGCGAUUUCACUGAUGACAGACAAUAUCUACAUCCUGGGUAUCAAAAUUCCAACCCGGAGCUACAGCCAGGGGUGGCAGCAGCCGGAGGAUCAGCGGCACCAACGACCGCAGGUGCGCCCGGUACUGAAACCACUACUGGCUCUGGACAGCAACAAUUUGCGUCCAAGCCACUUGGGCUGAACGUUCAUGAACAAAAAGCCGAAUCUGACAAAGACAAAAAGAAGAAGAGGGGGUUAUUUGGACGAAAGAACAAAAAGUAA